GAAGAACCUUUCUAAAGCCUUUGCUUUUUAAGAUUUGGGAGUACACUCAAGUCAAGUAACCCCCACACAACUCUAUCUUUCUCUCUCCAAAAGCAAAAGAAAAAAUGUAAGAUCCAAAGAAGCGAGAAAAGCAUGUGUUUUUGGCUCUUAUGAGAUCUUAGCAAGAUAUAAUUUUGCUUCAGAAUUAUGUCCAAAGCUUAAAGCUUUAUACUUUGAACCCCAAAACAAGUCAUUUUGAGAUUUGCAUCUUCUACAGCUGAAGAGAAACUUGGAGGAAUAUUUCGAUGUGAAUGAAGUGGGUUCCUUUUUUUUUCUUUUAAUUAUAUGUUCAUGUGAAAUUCGCUUCUUUUAAGGUACUUCAUUUCUCAUUACUAAUUAUUUUUAUCUAUUAAAAAGAAGAAGGUUUUGUGUGUAUCUGGGUUAGUGUUAACAUUGAAGGCUGUUCUUCUGAGAGAAUAAAAAUAAACAAAAUGGCUGGGCAGAUUGAAGAACCCUUUAACAUUAGCUUUCAGGCAGAUUCUUUACACUCAGGCUCUAUAUCAUUCGGAAGGUUUGAAAAUGAGUCCUUGUCUUGGGAAAGGAGGUCAUCUUUCUCACACAAUAGAUAUCUGGAGGAGGUUGAGAAAUGCUCAAAACCAGGCUCAGUCAUUGAAAAGAAAGCUUACUUUGAGGCUCACUUUAAGAAGAAAGGUCUUCUACGGCCGGAUUCAUUUGAGUACCAUAGUGGUACUGAAUAUCAUGGCAGCGAAAAUGGUGUUUCAGAUAGAAGUGAUUGCAGAGAAGAAUAUGAGUAUGGAAAUGAAGUUGGCCAUUAUUCUCACUUUUAUGAGAGCCCUGAAGGGUCAGAGUAUCAUGGAGACUAUGAAAACACAGAAUAUGAUAGACAAGUUCCUUGUGAUCAAGUGUAUCAUAAUGGGUAUGAACCAUCACAAUCCAAAACACAAGAUCAUGAAGAGCAAGAGGACCAUGGAGAUUAUGAAGUGAAAGAAUGUGAAAGAUCCGAUCAUGGGGAUUUGGAGAAUCACGACGAGUAUGAAGUUACAGAAUACGAAGGAGAGGACUCUGGGGUAUCACUAUCAAAUCCUUUGACAGAACCUGCAAUGAUCGAUGCUGAUGUUUUGCUUGAUUUUAGUGUUGUUGAUGGUGCUGAUUCUGAAGCACAUCAUACUGAAACUGGCUGCGACAAGUUUUCCUCAUCAAGCAAUGAAUCAGAGCCAGGAGUUAAUCAGCAGCUCGAUGUUAAUGCAGUCGAGGCUGAUGUGAAGAUUCAACAACCAGUGAAAGUAGAGGAAGCUUGCCUUGUAGUGCAGAAAACAUCUCACCAGAAGCCUGAAAUGGAAUCAAAACCUUCCAAAUCCAAAGUUAUUUCUCUCACCAAUCUUUCACGGGUUCAAAGAAACAUCUCCAAAGAUGUUUCUAAAGAUCCUGAAAAAAAAGUUAGGAGAAAGGGAGAGGAUGCAGGAAGGACAGAAAAGGCAAACCAACCAUCAAAUCCUGCCAUUUCAACCAGAAGUUCUGUACACAGAACUUCAAAAUCAGAUUGUUUUUUAAUUUUUGUUUUGCAGGACACAAGAGAUUUGAAGAACAAUUCUGCUAAUGAUAAUAAAAGGAGUGAAAUGGAAUCAAGGGAAAAGAAAGUUAGCGUGUCGCGGUCUUCUUCUGUGAAAGAUGAAGCCACAGAAAAUCAAAUGGCUGACAGGCACAACCAAGAAAAAAUGGUGAAGCUUGAUGCAAAGGCAAUAGGAUUUAAUUUCAGAAGUAACGAACGAGCGGAAAGAAGAAAAGAGUUCUACAUGAAGUUGGAGGAAAAAAUGCAUGCUAAGGAAGCUGAGAUGAAUAAGAUCCAAGCAAAAACUCAGGAAAAAACAGAAGCUGAGAUCCGACAACUGCGAAAAAGCCUCAAUUUUAAAGCAACACCAAUGCCAUCUUUCUAUAAUGUAGAUGGAAACAAGGUUGAAUCUAUUAAGACCAAAAUGAGACAAAGGAAGUCAACAAGUUCAAGAAGUGGAGCUGCUUCAGAGCUUGAAUCAAAAUUGAAAGGUGAAAAUGACCAAGUUCGUACGGACAGUAAUUCUGUCCGGAAGACAGGUCAAUUUGUAACUCCAACCAGCACAAAUUCAGAAGAAGCACCAAGAAAAAAUAAUGUUGUCAAGAAGAAGAAAGAGACAGAGAAAGAUACCAUAAAGGUUGACCGCCAUGCAAUGGAGACUAAUAAGGUAUCAAGAGGGCAGAGAUUGCAUGACAGAAAGUCGAAAACUGAGGCCAGAAGAAGCGGCAAUGAGAUGACAAGGAAGAGUAUGAAAAGUAUUGGUUGUGGAAUGAGUCAUGUGGCAGUUGGAGUUGAUGUUGGCUCUUGAAUAUAAGUUAAACUAUUCAGAGUUGUUAAAGUACAUAUUGGUUCUCCCACCAUUGUGAUGAAUGAAGCAGUAAUAUUUUAAAUUUUAGUUGGUGAAAUGUGAUGAUCUGAGCUGGGAAAUGGUGUUUGUGGUUUACAAGUUUCUUUUCUUUUGCUUGUCAUUUUAUGCAGUCCCACAUCGUAAACAUGUGCAGCAUGUGAUUAAACCUUCAUCUUUAUGUAUAAUUUUGUUUGACUUA